CCGAGCUAGUGGCUGGGUUUGUUGAAGGACAUCGGCUGCAGAGUUUGUGAUUCGGACGAAGAAGAUUGAAGUCAUGGCUGGUCCAGAAAGUGAUGGCCAAUUCCAGUUCACUGGUAUUAAAAAAUAUUUCAACUCUUAUACCCUCACAGGUAGAAUGAAUUGUGUCCUGGCCACAUAUGGAGGCAUUGCUUUGUUGGUCCUAUACUUUAAGUUAAGGCCUAAAAAAACCGCAGCUGUGAAAGCAACAUAAAUGGAUUUUGAAAUGUCUGGCCUCAUCUGUUAAGUCCCAUGCCUGAAGAAGCUGAUGUGAACUCAUCAUGUAAUACUCAAUUUGUACAAUAAAUUAUGAACCUGGGGGGAAAAAAAAAAA